UCGCAGCACGCUGUGCGGCCCCGCGCGCCGAGUUGGUUCUGCGACUCACGGCCUUCCGGUGCCUUCAGAGGGCGGUGCAUCCUUGAGGAGGGGGAGCGCCGGGAGAUGCCGGGUGGGGGUCAGUCUCGAGGCCCCAAGAGAAAAAGAAAUCGGGAUGCAGAGUACCCGUCCUUUCCAGGAGAGAGUCCCCUACCAUGCAGACGAGCAGGGCUCAGGACCAUGGGGACCGUGGCUUCCCUGUCUGAAGCAUGGCUCAGGUGUGGAGAAGGAUUUCUGAAGAGUCCUGGCACUCCGUCAUUAACAGCUGAAAAGAAGACUACUACAGAAAAACACCUUGAAUUAUCCUGUCGACCCAAGAAAGAACCUACCACCUCUAAGAAUACCAGUGGGCUUGCAGCUAUAACGUGGAGUUCUAGUGGAAGUGAUCUGUCAGAUGAAGAUAAAACAGCUUUUAAAUCACAAAGAGAUAAUGGAUAUCAUUCUAGAACAGGCAGGUGUUGUAACAGCAACAUUUUAUGUCCAGAAGAUGGGGCCAGUGAAGAUGACCUGCAGGUUAUUGACUGGGAGAUUGACAGUGAGAGGGAAGAUGCUUGUGAAUGUGAUGAAUUUGAAGAGUGUGAAAGUGUGGUGGAGAUAUCUGACUGUGCUUCCGGCGCAAGCAGUCGUUCUUUGACACCAGCAGAGACGCCACCUGAGCUUCCUAAGACAAAUCGUACAGAGAUUUUAGAGUAUUCAUCAGAUAGUGAAGAAGAUGACGGCUCUGAGAACGUUUUGCUCAUUGAUUCAGAAUCCUCUCACAAAUACCACAUGGAUUUUGGAUCAGAUGGAAGACAGGUUACAGAGAGACGAAAAAACCUGCGGGUAGAAUCUACGGAGACCAUUUUGCAGACACCCAAGAAACAGACAAAACUUCCCAAGACUCCAGAGACCAUUUUGCAGACACCCAAGAAACAGACAAAACUUCCCAAGACUCCAGAAAGUUCAGCAAAGAGGAAGAAGCUUUUAAGAGGCGGGCUAGCAGAAAGACUAAAUGGACUGCAGAAUCGAGAGAGAUCCACCAUUUCUUUGUGGAGACAUCAGGGUCUUUCUUACCAAAAGACACUUUCAGGUAUAAAAUCUGGUGUCUUAACUGUGAAGAUUCUAGAGCUGCAUGAGGAGUGCACUGUCCACGUCGCCACGUGUAGGCAGCUGUCAGAGCCACAGGCUGACGGCCCUUCUCAGGGUGGAGCCACGGGGGCCAGCCUGAAGGUUCUCUUCACCAAGGAGACUGCCCACUGUCUCAGGGGGCGUCCACAGGAUGUUGUCCACAUCUAUCCUCCCUGGCAAAAGCUUAUUAUCCCAGGUGGAAGUUGCCCUGUUAUUCUGAAUACUUACUUUUGUCAGAAAGUUGUUGCCAAAGAAGAUUCAGAAGCAUCACGUGAUGGGCACGAGUAUUACACGCCCUGUCCGAGGAGGAGCAGCACUCUGGCUCAGAUGUUCCAGUUUAAGAGUCUAACCGAUAGCUCACCCGAAAGCAAGGUUCUGUGUGAUAGUCACACUGCGGUGGGCACAGACCGGACCCUCCAUCCUGAACAAGUGGAGCCGUGCGUCCCCAGCCAAGCUCCUCUGAGGGACUCUCUGCUGGAUGCAGUCGAGAGCCACGGAGCUGCCACCUGGACAGGAGUGGGCGUGCGAGUGGUGGUGCAGAGAGUGUACUCCCUGCCCUGCAGAGGCCAGCAGGCAGACAGCACAGACCCAACCAGGGCACGAGUCUGCCUUCUUGUACAAGAUGCCCUUGGACUCUUCAGUGAGGUGCGCUCGGAGGGCGGCAUCCUGAAAGACAGGCAGCUGGAGGGGAAGUGCUGCAGGCUGUCAGGCAUGAAGGUUCUGCAGAAGGUCACCAGAGCAAGGAUGGCUGAGCUUUUUAGUUUGAUUGACACCAUGUGGCCUCCACGGGCAGCUCUGAAAGCAACAGGCCCUGGCACAGCCUUCGAGGAGAAAACUCAUUUGCAUCCUCCUAGCUUCUGUUACAUCCUCAGCGCUCAUCCAGACGUGGGGCAGAUUGAUGUAAUUGAAGACGACCCUGUUGCGGAACUUUACCAGCCACCGACUCCCCGCUUCUUAAAAGAAAUUCUGCAGACGGACGGCCUCUGUACCCAUUGCAGCUUCUGUGCCAGAGUGAUUUACCGGAGACCACAGGCAAACAGUUUGUUUCUGGAGCCAAGGGAGAUGUGGCUGGUGGUGACCGACAUUACUCUGCAGACGCUGGACGAGGACUCAAGCCUCCCCAGAACCGUGCCUGUGCGUGUGGCUGCCUCAUGCCUGCUGGACCAGGAGGUCCGGGAUGCUCUCUGCAAGGCCACCUCCCAGAGCUUCCUCUUCCGGGAUGCUCUCCGAGACCAGGGUCAGAUUGUCUGUGUUGGCCGAACUGUCCUCCUGCCUCUGAAACCUCGUGAGGGUGUGACCGUGGGUGCCUGGGAGCUGACAGGCCCCCUGCGUCUGGAUGAGCUGGGCCCUGGCACUCGGGUCAACUCCAUUUGCAGCAUCCAAGGCACCGUGGUUGCUGUGGACGAGAGCACCGCCUGCUCGUGGCCUGUGUGUGAUCUGUGUGGCAGCGAGAGACUGGAACGGAGCCUGGCAGACAGCAGCGGCACCUUCUCCUGUGGGGACUGCUCCCACGUGGUCACCAUGCCCAUCCUCAGGAGGCACCUGCAGGUCUUCCUGGACUCCCCCUCGAGACCCCGGUGCACAGUCAGGGUCAAGCUGCUACAAGACAGCAUCUCUUCGCUCCUGAGGUUCGCUGCCUGCGAGGAUGGGAGUUACGAAGUGAGGAGUGUCCUCGGAAAGGAGGUGGGGCCGUUAACCUGUUUUGUCCAGUGCAUCACCACCCACCCGACCAGCAGCGUGGGAUUGGAGGAGGUUGAGCUCCUGAGCGAGGGGAGAGCCUCUUGAGAACACUGGCAACGGCCACGGGAUCUGUGAACUUUACCAAGUGGCUGAGAGGUGGUGGUGGUUUGGGUAAUUUCUUAACCCUGGGCAAAGUGAAUGUACUUUAUGAUCUUGAAAUGGAACUUCAUGUUAGUAAAAUGGCUUUGUAAACUAUAAAUCAAAAUACUUUUUUCUAUGAUUAUAUAUUUUUUAUUACCUUUCUGCAUGUUAAAGCUUAAAUAAGCUUCAGGCCUUCGUAUUUAUUUUAGAUAAUACAGUAGAAAAAAUUA